AUGGACGUCGACUCCGAACCGUCCGCCGAGAGCAAGCCCGCCCAGAUGGACCUCGAGGACCAGGCAAGCCGCCGCCGCCGAACUUAUUAUCUCGGGGAUUUUUCCUUCUUUUUUGGGGUUUUGAAUGCGAUUUUCCGUGCGCAGGCGGACGCGAAGGGGAAGGGGAAGGCCGAUGCCGCGGAGGAGGAGAAAGGAAAGGGGAAGGGGAAGGGCGACGAACUCGCGGACUCCAUCGGGAGUCUAUCUAUCGGCCCGGGGCGCGCCAACUUCAAGAAGAAGCCGGUGAUCAUCCUCGUCAUCGGCAUGGCCGGGACUGGGAAGACCACCUUCAUGCAUCGUCUGGUGUGUCAUAUGCAGGCAUCGGCGAACAUGAGGGGUUAUGUGCUCAACCUUGACCCUGCGGUGAUGACACUGCCAUUCGGAGCCAACAUUGAUAUCCGUGAUACCGUGCGCUACAAGGAGGUGAUGAAAGAGUACGGACUUGGUCCCAAUGGUGGCAUUCUUACCUCACUCAACCUGUUCUCAACCAAGUUUGAUGAGGUUAUAUCUGUUAUUGAAAAGCGAGCAGACCAGCUGGAUUAUGUGCUGGUGGACACCCCAGGGCAGAUUGAAAUCUUUACUUGGUCGGCUUCAGGAGCUAUCAUAACUGAAGCUUUUGCAUCAACAUUUCCAACAGUUGUUGCAUAUGUGGUUGACACCCCCAGGUCGACAAGCCCUGUGACCUUUAUGAGCAACAUGAUGUAUGCAUGCAGUAUCCUCUACAAGACCCGUUUGCCUCUGGUGCUGACAUUUAAUAAGGUUGAUGUAGCCAAGCACGAGUUUGCUCUUGAGUGGAUGCAAGAUUUUGAAGCAUUUCAGACAGCUUUGGAUUCCGACUCAUCGUACACAUCUUCAUUUACCCGGAGUCUCUCUCUUGUGUUGGACGAAUUCUACAACAACCUACGCUCUGUUGGAGUAUCGGCGGUAUCUGGCACUGGAAUUGAUGCAUUUUUUGAAGCUAUAGAAGCAAGCACUAAUGAAUACAUGGAGACUUACAGGGCUGAUCUUGACAAGAGGAUUGCUGAAAAGGAGAGACUAGAAGCUGAGCGUAGGAAUGAGAACAUGGAAAGAUUGAGGAGAGAUAUGGAGAAGUCCAAAGGACAAACUGUGGUGCUCAGCACUGGUUUGAAGGACAAAACUCCUGCCUCAGAGAUGAUGGGGGACGCGGAUGAGGAGGAAGAAGAGGAGGCGUUGGAGGAUUUCAGGAUUUCCGAGGAUGAUGAUGAUGAAGAUGAAGGAGAAGAUGAUGAAGUGACUCAUUUUGGCUUUUAA